UUUUCCGAAUUUUAGGUGAUUUUGUUACGUCAUGGGAAUUUAGAAAAAAAAACAUCAACUGUAACAGGAAAUUUAGCGACGAUCAGUGUUAUUUUCUAUUUUCUCGAUUCGGUUCGUUUUCUCAAUUUCGGGGGAGUGAAUUGUGUGUCGUCGUUGAGCUUUUUUUUCGAUUGGGCUUGAGAUUUUUACGCUUCUUGUUUAUUCAAAGUAGUGUAUUUAUGUAUAGAUGCAUGUGCUGAGAAAGGUUAGCGUUGGUGAUCACAACAUUGGCUAGUGUAUAGUGAUAUUAAUUUAAGAGUAUGUUUGUUUGUGUGUUGGUUAGUGUGUGAUAUGCUUACGUUUGCUUCUAAAUGUUUUUUUAAUAAUCUAAUUGUUGUUUUAUGUCUGUGGUGUAGUAUAGCUGAUUUGGAGCUAUUGUCUACUCCAUAUAGAGACAGCUUAGUUAGAUACACAUUCAAACAGUGUAUCUUUUUCAAUCUAAUCUAUUGCUAAAAGUAAAUGCCGCCUUAAAGAUACGACAUAAGCUCGUUGGGAGAAGACAUGACAUGAAAUAGAAGGUUUGAACUUUCUAGGAUGCAGAAGGAAAUAAUUAGAGGAAAGGAAUUGGAGGGGAAUUGUUCUAAUAUUUAUCCUCCGAAAUUCCCCAAUUUUCUUUUGUGUAUGGAAUGUGCAACUAAAGAUUGCAGAUUGUUAGGUUGGAUAAUCAUAUUUGGUCUUUCAAGAGUUUUCAAGUGAAGAUGAUACGAUCCAAAUGCUAUGCAGAGUAACCAUGAGACCUCAAUAAAAAAGAUUCAAAAUGCGGGCUACUUGUGUUCUCCAUCACAUAGAACGGCCUACUUUGAAGGUUUUCCAGAGUUGCAUGAUGACGCCCCUGUUCAAAUAGGUUCAAGUUCGGGUUCUGGUUCGGGUGCUAUGGAUCAAGAUUGCCCCUUAAGCAGUGAGCCUGUAGAAACUCUUGAAGAAUCUACGAAGAGGCCCUUAUAUUAUCACGACUUUGGCAAAUGGUCUAGGAAUCCUGGCUGCAACAAUGCUCUUAUGUGCCACCUGAAUGUCUUUCAUGCCCAUUUUCACCCUUCUGCAAUGAACUACAGAUUUCAGCGUGUCCCAGCACAUAUGAUGGCUCAGAGUUAUCUACAUGAUAAGCAAUUCCAAGAUUUCCAAUAUUUUGUUGUCAUCGACUUUGAGGCCACAUGUGACAAAGAAAGAGUUCCUUAUCCACAAGAGAUUAUUGAGUUCCCAUCUGUGAUUGUCAGCAGCAUUACUGGACAACUAGAAGACAGCUUUCAGACGUAUGUUCGGCCGACUUGUAAUCAACACCUAACUGAUUUCUGCAAAGAUCUGACCGGCAUACAGCAAAUCCAGGUUGACCGUGGAGUUUCGCUUAGUGAAGCUCUUCUCAGCCACGACAAAUGGCUUGAAAACAAAGGAAUAAAGAAUGCCAACUUCGCGAUAGUAACAUGGUCUGAUUGGGAUUGCCAGGUGAUGUUGGAAUCCGAGUGCCGCUUCAAACAAAUCCGAAAGCCUCCAUAUUUCAACCGAUGGAUUGAUUUGCGAGUCCCCUUCCGCGAGGUGUUCGGUGGGGGGAGGUGCAACCUGAAAGAGGCAGUCGAGAAGGCCGGCCUAUCAUGGCAAGGCCGUGCUCACUGUGGGCUGGACGACGCCAGAAACACUGCCUGCCUUCUGGCUUUACUCAUGCACAGGGGGUUCAAGUUCUCCAUCACCAACUCACUCACUCGCGACGAACCCUUGAUGUCCAAUGCGCCACCAGAGAAGCCGGUUUUCAUCGCGCCACGUGCACAAAGGCAGCACCAGAAUCCCUUUUGUUACUGUGGGGUGAAAAGCAGCAAAGGGAUAGUGAGGAAACCAGGUCCUAGGCAAGGGAGCAUCUUCUUUGGAUGUGGGAAUUGGACAUCUGCAAGAGGUGCCCUUUGCCAAUACUUCCAAUGGGCUUCUUUGUGAUCAAUCUAUCUAUUUUGAUCAUAUUUUAUUCGAGGGAUAUUAGGAUUAUUUUCUUUCUUUAAAUAAUUUCGCAAGUUUUUCCUUUGGGAGGUUAGGUAAUGAUGAGAAGCACUUCUUAGUUUUAGUAAGUAAAUAAUGAAAAUUGAGAGGUAAGUUGUGGGAUUGAUUAGUCUUUCUAUGAAUCUAGUAGGUCGUGAAUUUGGACAAUUGGAAUAGAGAGGCUGACUAGAAAGGAAAACAAUAGGGAGAAUUGCACUUCAGUGCAAGGGUGUUUGUGUUUGGCGUUGAAGUACAUAAAUUUUUAGUGUAUUUUGAUUUUGCAACGCAAACUUUGAAAGUUGUGAAUAAGUAGAUACUUUCUUCGUCUCA